AUGAACAUUGAACAGUUCAGUACGCAUGACAUGGAUGACAAACGACAUCGACGGCAGAAGAAUCGCUUAGCAGUGUCCGAAAGCCAGGCACGCGACUGUAAAGGUCCGAGACGUAGAUUUGAUGAAAGUACGUCAACUGUGCCAAAUGUCGUCAUUUCGCCUACCCGUGAUGAUGACAGGAAAGCUGCGAGUGAUGUGGAACGGAUAGAGGAGACCAGUAUGCAGUUAUCCUUUUCUGACGAAGACGAUGUGGAACGAAAGCAUUUUGAUCGUGAAACCGAUGUGACGAGGGAUUUGGUUCGCGACGUUGGCCGUGACCUGCGCGAAAACAACUGUCAACACGGUUCAGUGAAACAAUCAAGUAUGGAUGGUUCGAUGUCUCGAAGGUUACGCGAAUUCGAAGGUCGCUCUUGCAGGUCAGACAGAUCGGAACGUUCGGAUGAAAUGUCACUACAUUCGAUGCGAAGACAGGGCUAUUCACACUCAAAAGAAAAGAUGCCAGUUAGCGUCGGUAUAUGCAUUGUGUUCGCCUUUAUUUCAGGAGGUGCUCUGUUGUUCAGUUGGUGGGAGGGUUGGAAUCCAUUCGAUGGAGCUUACUACUGUUUUAUAACUCUCAGCACAAUCGGUUUCGGUGAUAUUGUACCAGGACAGGCAUUAGAUGAGGGAUCACAGGAGAAACUGGUAGUGUGUGCACUAUAUCUACUCUUUGGUAUGGCACUUAUCGCCAUGUGUUUUAAACUAAUGCAAGAUGAUGUUGUUCAAAAAGCACGCUGGUUAGGUCAGAAGAUUGGCAUUUUGGGUAGGACAAGAGGACGAAUUCAUCAGGUUCAUCAAAACGUGACGAUGAUGUUGUACUUUACGGAUCGUCCUACCGUAGACAUCACUAUCGUCGAUAACUUGACCGUUUGA